UCACGAUUCGCCGUGCAGUCAACAACUUUUGUAGUGUGUCGAUGAAUUGAAAAUUGUAUUGUGAAAAUAGUUUUGAUCGAUUUUCUUUUGGUGAUUUCGUUUUUAUGCCAACCGUGACAGAUAUUUCAGGAAGUAACGUGUACCCUCCACCAAUGGCGUCAGACCAGGAGUCUUGUUCUGAUGAGGAGCCAGACAGCGAGAUGUUGAGUGAUGACCUCUGUCUCCCGGACAGUGAUGAUGACAGACAGUCCAACAGGACUGUUCAGAGUCUCCCCGAAGACCUGCCUUCCCUCAACUCCUGUCUUCUCCGCCCCCCUCGGAAGCUGUUCACCAACUGCCGCGAGCGCUGGAGGCAGCAGAACGUGAGUGGCGCCUUCGCAGAGUUGAGGAGACUUGUCCCCACGCAUCCACCAGAUAAGAAACUGUCUAAGAAUGAGAUCCUCAGGAUGGCUAUCAGGUACAUUGGGCUGCUAUGCGAAGUCUUAGAAUGGCAGAAGACACAUGGGCUGGCAAUGAACAAAGAAAAUUCAGCCAGUCUUGCGAUCAAAUGCGAGUCUCCAAUGAGUCCGCAAUCUCGCCGACUGCGGCUCAAAAGACCUUACUUCAACGAGGAAGAUUGCCCAAGAGCGAAAGUCUACCACGAAAAUGGAGAAUUCCAGAGAUAUGGCAAUGAAGAGAAUGAAGAAAUUAGAAGGGGUUACCAAAGAUUAGGUAACAGGACAGACUUUUAUUUCGGGAAAGAGCAUUUGAGGGUUUUAAGGAAUCAGUUUUACUUUCCUCCAAGAUGGCGACAGAAUAUGCCGUUCAGGAACUUGGCUGAUCGGAACGGGAAUAACUUGUUGAUGAUUGCGCCCGCGCAGAAUGGUAAAGAUGACCUGGAUGGCAAACUGCAGAAUGGUCACGGAAGUAAAGAUAAGGAUAAAGAUGGGAAAUGAGGGCUUAAGUGAUCUUUUUGUUAUAUUGGUACAUCAACGUUGGCAACCAGUCUAAAGACGGUAUGAUUUCACCGAGAAACGUAGAACUUAGGAGGAUAAAGGAAUACUCAAUACUAUACUCUAUCCACGGAAGCAAGAGCUAAAAGGUAAACAAAGAAUGACAGUUUUUCAAGAUGGCGGUAUAACCCGACCGAUGACAAAAUCACAGAUACUGCGAACAUUUUACACAAAAAUGUGACGUUUUGUCAUCGGUCGGGUUAUACCGCCAUCUUGAAAAAGUGUCAUUCUUUGUUUACCUUUUAGCUCUUGCUUCCGUGGAUGGAGUAUAGUAGUUUUUAUUGUUACAUUCCAUGUUAUUAGAUUGUAAAAUAUGAGGCACGGGGGCGGGCUAAAGCGGUGAUUGGCCCGCAGUGCAUCGCGUCAUAGCCGUCACUCGGGAUUGGUUCUUUGCUAAUAAAUCACUUCUGCGCAGAUGUAGGUCAGAGCUCUAGAUUCGUGCCGAUAACUAUACGUGGCCAUAUUAAUUUUUUCAGCAGGUAAAAAUAAAUUAGCUAGGUACUGCUUUUUUCAUACAACAUUAUUAUUUAUGUCCGUCCAGUGAUUUACCUUAUAUUGUAAAUAUUAUAUAAUUAUUUUGCUUCAAAAAAUCAUGGUCAUACUGUUUUACACAUGCAAUCUUUAGGUAGAAAUUUUAGCAUAAACUCAUAUAAGUAAGGACACUUAUUUCUUUAAGUAACGUUUAUAUGUUUGUGCGUUUUUUAAUUUUUUUUUUUUUUUUUGCACCCUAAGUAGUUAUUGAAAUUGAAUUGAAUCUAAUAUAAGAUGUUACCCACCGCUGUAGAAUUUUUAUAACACUUACAGGACCCGUUAAGUUGUAUUAUAAUUUAGAGAUGAUGAGACAAUUAAUAACUUAGAGAAUCUUUUGAAUAUUAUUUGCGACUAUUUUACCUACUUUGAUUUGUGAUAUUUAGCACUUAACUUAAAUAAACAUUAUA